AUGGCUUUCAAAGUCUCGGCGUGGGCGUCAGUCGAUAACAUCGUCAACCCGGUCUUGAAGCGGUCAACCACUGGACACGGCUUCAGCUUUCAACUUCCUUCACCGAAGAAACCUCGCCUGGAAGACGCAGCUCCUCGGAUCGGGGUGGAUGACGACCUUGAUGCACCAUCGAAAAGCGAUUUGAGCCUAGCAAAUAAGGAUCCUAGCAACUCCCUCAAUCAACCCCAGGGUUGUCAAACACUGUCUCCACUAACUACCAUUCCUUGGACUCUCAAAGUCUCACCAGACACCAUCACACCUCUGCCAGAUUUCCCCCCGGACGAUACCGAGUUUCGAAGGCCCCCUUCUCCUAGAGAACUGUCGAACAGUGGCAAAGGGCCUGUUUCUCCUCCUCCCUUGAUCACUAUUAACGUUCACUCCAGUCUACCCCAGAUCAUGACCGAACAACACACUGACGGCGAUACACUUGCCAGUCGGGCUUGUGCACACGAUGGCAAGAUCUUGAAACUUAUUUUAGAACAUUCAGUCGCCCUCGAUCGACCUUCAAAUAUUGUCCGACCCUACUACCAACGGGGCAUGCUGGCUGGAUACAUCAGAAACGGCAAUAAUAUCAAGAAUGGAGAAAGCGACGAGGUGGACGAAGACAACGUCGAUCUUCGCGUCCUGCAGGUAAACAAAAAGUUCCGGGAUGUUGGACGCAAGGUCUUCUAUGGCAGCUACACCUUCAAAUUCAAAUCGCCACAUGCCUGCAAAUGGUGGACAAACCACAUCGGCACGGAAAAUUUCUCGAAUGUUCGGUCAAUGUCUUUGGUUUUGGCUUCGGGUUGGGAGGUCAACUCUAGCAUACGCUGUUCGCUCGACUUGUGCUUCGAACAACAAUGGUUUCAUUUCUUUUGUUGGUUACUCCAUCGACACCAGCUCCAGUACCUGCGCAUCGAGUUCGCCUGCUGGCCCCAUAUUGAUUCUCUACGAGGUUUAGAGGCACAGGAGCUGGAGGAAAUGCAUACAUACCGCGGCAAGUUGCUCGCCAAGUUGAGUGCCUUCCGUGGCCUGGCCAAAGCAAUCAUCGGAGAUCUGUCGGAAGCAUUGUUGUCAAGGGCAGAUGCGCAAGGGCUCGCUCUAUUAAUGACACAGGGUAGGGACACCUUGCCGCCUCCCCCACGCAGACCUGAAAUUUCUCUUUCAAGACUUUUGAGAGAGGUGAAGUUGGGUCAUCGUUUGAAAGCUGAACAGGUUCAACGCCAAAUGGAAGAGCGAGAGAGAUAUCGACGCGAGAUGGGUAUGCAAGAAAGGACUCUACAUGGGAUGGAAGAGCAUCAGCAGAAAUCGAAUACUCUGGCCAGGCUGAGAGUUCUGAAUCUUGCUCGGCGCCGCACUCUGAUCCGCAUUGAUUCCGAAAGCCAGGAAGCUGCGGACAACGGCUACAUUUGGGAAUCCAAUCGCCCCGCCCCCAGAAGACAUCCAACAUAUUCGAAACGAGAUCGAGCACGCUAUUCCUCAUAUUCUACCGGUUUGUGA